GUUCGGCAGCUCUCGCUCAGUGCAGUGGGGUUGAUGAUCGGAUUUUCGUCUCGUUCUCUGUGUUGUUGUUCUCGGUGACGCGACGGAGGUGUAGCCUGACGCGGUCUCUUACGUGUCGGCCUGAAUAAAAGUGGAGCUCCGAGGGCUCGAGAGUGACGGAGGGAGUCAGUAUCGAUUUCUGCAGUAGCAGAGAGUGGAGAAUUACCAGAGUCAGUGGACGGUGUGAAGAUUUUGUCUGGGUUUCCCACUUAAAGCUAACUCAAUGACCAUGGAGUCGGGAGCCGAUGCCCAGCAGGGUGCAGACACUGCAGUCUCUGAAACUGAGAACCAACACAUCACACAGGCCCAGAUCGCCACUCUUGCACAGGUAACAAUGGCUGCCGGACACGGUAGUGCCACAGCGCCCACAGUCACCCUGGUGCAGCUGCCCAACGGUCAGACGGUGCAGGUACAUGGAGUGAUUCAGGCUGCUCAACCUUCAGUCAUUCAGUCCCCACAGGUGCAGACUGUCCAGAUUUCCACAGUAGCGGAGAGUGAGGACUCGCAGGAGUCAGUGGACAGCGUGACUGACUCUCGAAAACGAAGAGAGAUUCUUUCAAGACGCCCCUCAUAUAGGAAAAUCCUGAAUGACCUAUCAUCAGAUGCUCCAGGAGUUCCGAGAAUCGAAGAGGAGAAAUCCGAGGAGGACACUGCGCCUGCCAUCACUACAGUGACCGUGCCAACCCCAAUAUAUCAGACCAGCAGCGGCCAGUACAUCGCCAUUACACAGGGUGGAGCCAUUCAGCUUGCAAAUAAUGGUACAGAUGGAGUGCAGGGAUUGCAGACUCUCACCAUGACCAAUGCAGCAGCAGCCCAGCCGGGGACCACCAUCCUGCAGUACGCCCAGACCAGUGACGGUCAACAAAUACUGGUGCCCAGCAAUCAAGUGGUGGUACAAGCUGCUUCGGGGGAUGUUCAGGCCUAUCAAAUUCGUACUGCCCAAACCAGCACUAUUGCUCCAGGUGUGGUCAUGGCAUCCUCUCCGGCUCUGCCAAAUCAAGGAGUUGCUGAAGAGGCCACGCGCAAGAGGGAGGUCCGCCUCAUGAAGAACAGAGAGGCUGCUCGUGAGUGCCGUCGAAAGAAAAAGGAAUAUGUCAAGUGUCUGGAGAACCGUGUGGCCGUUUUGGAGAACCAGAACAAAACUCUCAUCGAGGAACUCAAAGCACUCAAAGACCUGUACUGUCACAAAUCAGAGUGAUGUACCACCCGUUCUCCUUCAUUCUGGCAUACUUACCUGUACAGAGACUAAAAGGCGAGUCAGCCAGACACGGACGCAUGUUUUCUAAAUGUUUUCUUAUUUUAAAUUGCUACAGACUGCCUGUAUGAACACACAAGUACAUGAGGGAACUGAACAGAAGUCAACACAAAUCUCCUCUAGAAAUAUUGGAUCAUGUCAUUAAAGACAAAAAAAAAAAAAAUGCUGAGAACUUUACUGUGGACAUAAACACACAAGUACUUUCUCAGGCUUCUUUACUCCUGGACUCAAACGGAAACUCAGAGGACGGAUUUGUGGGAAAAUGUUUACCUUUUUUUCCAGUGUGCUGGUGUAUAAUUCGUCCGUAAUUUUUAAAAGAGACACAAAUAAUGUAUAAUAAUAAUAAUAAUAAUAAUAAUAAUUUAACUGACAUUUCAAUUGCACGGUAGGCAUCGAGAAAGAUUUUGUCUUGGAGUUGGCAUCAUUCCCUUCUUGAGAUUCUAAAGGUUUAACGUGUCUGACUCUUACUUUUAUUUGGUGUAUAGUGCUCUUGUGUUAUAAGUUGACAUUUUUACCUUUAAAUAUGAACAAACUAUAUAAAAUUAUGAAUAUUGAUUUACAGAAUCUAUGCCAUUUAUAAACAGAAAUAUUGUGUAUCAUAUACAGAACAAUAUUAUAUCCCAUGUAUAUUUCGAUUUUGGUCAUUUUAGAUGGCAAAAAAAAAAAAAAAAAAAAUGUACCUAAAUCAUUUAAUUUCAUAAAAUACUGCCAUUGCAGUAGCAACAGUUGCACAUACGCAUUAUAAAAAUGGUUAUUUUAUUGCAGACAUUUGUUCACUUAUACACCAAAAUUCACAUUACAAUGUCAGGAAUUACCCACAGAAGUGAAUUUGAUAGAUUUUCCAGGUUGAAACAAUUCUUCACAUUUAUGUUGAUCAUAUUUAGCAGAUCACUUGCGUGUUAUGCUUGUAUAACAUAGAGCUAUAAUUGGAUGUAAUACAAUCCAAUACAUUCAUUCUCUGGCAUUAUAAACUAAAGCAUGUUUUAUAAAUAUUACAUUAGCUUUGAUAUCGUUAUAUGGUCAGUUUUUCAUUUCAACACUAACAACUGGGACGCAGUGUCUUUGUAUUUGAUAACGUGAUAACAUAAGUAAAGAGUACAUGUUAUGCAAUAUUGCAUAUGCAUUUAUGGCAGCUAUUUCAUAUAUAUAAGAUUUCUCUUGGUUUCAUAUUUCCUUUGUCUAUAUUCAGUUGCUUCUGAAAGUUCAAGAAGUAGCUGAACAGCUGGUAACUUGUUACAGUUUGCCUUCAACAACAUAAGUUGUAUUUUGUUUACAAGGUUGCUUUAGUUGACCCAAAAUGUUUAAGGCUUUUAAAGUUCUUGAUGAAUAAUUAUUUAAAAAAAAAAAAAAAUCUGUCAAUUAAAUUUUGGUUGUAGUAUGACAUUUUGCAUAUACUUCUCAUUUAAAACUUUCCGUCCUCAAUGCAAUGUUAAGAGACUAUGAAUUAAAAAUGCCCAUCAACAUUUGCAGUCUGUACGGAAAUGUACCCGUGUCAUCUGUUAGCAAGUGCAUCAUCUGCUGCUACUCCUAAACUUCAAACCGUCUGCCUGACGUGUCAUUUAUGCAUUCAGGCGUGACAAAUUAUGGAAGCAAUCUCUCCACAGCAGGCGCUCAUGGUCCAGAUCUGCAGUCUAACUGCUUAUGCAACCUGAUUUCCCUCACAAAACCAAUUAUUUUCUGACAAGAAUCUGAAUUGGAUCAUCGAAGGACAGACUGACCUCAGCUUUCAGAGAAAUGCAAAUUCUGUCUGUUUGCAUUGAUUGAAUCUUUAUUCAUUUCCUUAACUGGUAGUAACUUUUUUUUUUUUCACUUGUAUGUACCCCAUAUGCAAUGAGACUGACCUACUGCCAUGCUGGACAAAGUGAACUCUGAAAUAUGCUACUAUGUGUGUUUGUCUCUAUGCAUACACAAAAAAACAAAAACAAAAAAAAACAA